AUGGAGGAGAACACCAUGUCUGAAACACGCUAUACGACUGAUCACGAAUGGGCAAGAAGUGAAGAAGACGGAAUUGCCACAAUCGGAAUCACCGAAUUUGCCCAAGAACAGCUCGGUGACAUCGUUUUUGUUGAUUUACCUGAAACAGGAUCAAUAUUCGAUGCCGGAGAAGAAAUCGCUGUGAUCGAGUCAGUUAAAGCCGCUGCUGAACUGAACACCCCGUUGACUGGCGAGAUUGUUGAAGUCAAUGAAGAACUUGCAGACUCCCCGGAAUUGGUAAACGAAAGCCCGACGGAUGAAGGCUGGUUCUGCAAAAUUCAAAUGUCGGAGUUAUCAGAAUUUGACGCACUUAUGGAUGAGCAGCAAUACGAAGAUUACACUUCCAACCUAGAAUAA